AUGUCUUGUCUUCAAGAUCUGCCCACCGAAUUGUGGCUGGAGAUCGCAGCAAAUUUGGGCGGCCAAGCGCUAUUUGCCUUCGCCCAAUCUUGCCAAGACCUAUACUACACCCUGCAGCCGACCGUUUUGAAGUUCAAUAUUAAAUACCAAAACAGCCUUCUACUGCAUUUGGCGGCGAAAACCAACAACAUUCCUCUUGCAAAAGCUUUGCUUCACUACGACGCCAGCGUCAAUGCCUUUUUCCAGAGAAAGACACCAAUCAUGAGGGCAUUGGAACACUCUUCUACCGAUGUGCUUAAACUUUUGUUGCAAGCGCCCGGGGUAGACAUCAACAUCCAGAACCGAGCUCAGGAGAGCGCUUUAUGGUAUGCCAUUAAGUAUGGCACAUGUCGGGCUCUCCUGGAGAUGGCAGUUGCCUGUCCGAGCCUCGAGGUGAACCUGAAACACAGGCGAGGUCGAACGGCGCUCCACCGAGCGGUAUGGGCAGGCAGGAUUGGACUCGUGCAGGUGUUGCUUUCUCAGGACAGCGAUCCCAAUGCCAAAGAUGACCACGGCCACUCUUCAUGGGACUGGGCGUGCGAAAACAAGAGGCCUUCCAUGAAGAGCAUGUUCUCGAAGACGCCGGGCUCUGGAUACCCAUUCGAUAUCGACCUGAUGUAUCAUGAUGAGCUACCCCUUCAUCAAGCUGUGGCCCACGGUUCAAUGGAUGCUAUACGGCUGCUACUGAAACAAAAACACGUGAGACUAGAAGCUCACGAUCGGGACGGCAACACGCCGCUCCAUCUCGCGGUUCGUAGUGGAAGCCGAGAAGUGAUUGAUUUGCUGCUAUGCCACCCAGGUGUUAGCGUUAAUUGCAAAGACAAGAAUGGAAACACGCCGCUCUGGUUGUCUACAUACCUGUCAUGUGACGCGGUCACCGAAAGACUUUUGGAGGAGCGGCGCGUUAAAGUCAAUUUCAUUGGGGGACACGGUGACUUCCAGGCACCCUCGACUUCUCUGCACCACGCCGUGCUAAAGUCAAACACAGCGGCACUGCAGCGUCUCCUGGCUGUGCCGGGGAUCGAGCCCGGUUUUUGCGCUGCAGGCCAGUCGCCCUUUGCUCUCGCGUGCGCGCACGGACGCGUCGACGCGAUGAAGGUGCUGCUGAACACGGGCCGCAUAGAUAUCAACGCGGGCGGACUAGGAGAUCCACCGAUUUGUCAGGCAGUGGAAAGGGGCCAGCUAGAAGCUGUGCGUCUCUUGGUGCAGCAGGGCGAGCGUCUGCAGAUCAACCGGGAGAUCAUGAUGGCUCACGACACUGCGCUCUGCAUAGCUGCACGGGAUGGAAAUUCGGAGAUAGCCCGGGCUCUGCUACGCCAUGACCAGAUCGAUCCGAAUCUCGAGAACCAGUGGCCCCAAGCACCCCUGGCCUUGGCAGCACAGGGGGGGGCACCUGCUAGUCCUGGACGCGCUACUAGCGGACCCGAGACUGGCACUGUGCAGUGUAACCAGGGCGCUGGACUUUGCAUCCAGCGACUCUGUUCGGAGCGUGAUUCAGAGCAAGAUUGA